UUGUUGAAAUCGAUCAAAGUGCAGUUAUUUCAAAGACCGUCCAUCGCCGCUGUCCUACAUGUUAUACAACCAGCCUCACACUCUCGCUUCCAGAUUAGCCCUGAAGCGGCCGAGUCGUUGGUCACGUCAUACAAACGCCUUCGUAUGAAUGACAGUAACAAUGCAGCAACUUCUUCAUGGAGGAUCACUGUGCGACAGCUUGAAUCCCUCAUACGACUUUCAGAAGCUUUGGCUCGUCUGCAUUGUGCCGCACAGGUCAGUGUGGAGCAUGUAAAUCAAGCUUCGAAGUUGCUCAGCAAGUCGAUAGUGAGGGUCGAGCAACCGGAUAUAGCUCUCGAUGAUGAUUUCGAUACGGAUGCAGUAAUGGAAGUUGACGAAGAUAAAGAAAAUGAAGCUGAGACUAUGGAAUCGGAUGAUGUGGAAGGAAAGCGAGCGAAGGUUGAUCAUGCUAAGCUGAAGAUUACAUUCGAAAAGUACAAGCAUCUGGCCGAUAUGCUUGUGCUUCAUAUGCGCUCGGAUGAAGAGGCUGUAGCCGAGGAAGAUUAUGAAGGCGUACGACAGGAUGCUUUGAUUGAUUGGUAUUUGGAAAUGAUAGAAGGUGAUUUGGAAACGGAAGAAGAUCUGCACAUCCAACGCACCAUCUGCCAUCGAGUCAUUCGUCGACUUGUCACUGAAGAUCAUGUAUUGAUUGAAAUGGAUUCGGACGAGAAAAACCCCCUCUUGUGCGUACAUCCUAACUACGUCGUCACAGAUCAAUAG